AUGCGCCAAUCGCUUGAGAACUGGGAGGGUGGAAUCAAGAUAAAUGGAAUCAACAUAUCUAAUCUCCGGUAUGCAGAUAACACCACCCACUUUGUAACAUCUGAAGCGGAAAUGGCAGAGCUGCUGAAACUCCUGGAGACUAAUUAUGUAAUUGAUAUGAUUGCAAACUUGGGUAUCGAAUUUCACAGGUUGAUGACGAGCCCC